GCGUGUCUGGGAGGAGCAGCACGGUCCGCGAACGCUGCUGGGGCAUCUCGCUCAGCUCCUACCUACGGCCACAGCAGCCGUCCCACAAGAUGAUCGGGAUCCUCCUGCUCCUGCUCCUGCUCCUCCCCCUUUUCCUGUACAUCGCUGCACCCCAAAUCAGGAAAAUGCUGUCUAGUGGGGUGUGUACAUCAACCACCCAACUUCCUGGGAAGGUAGCUGUGGUCACUGGAGCCAACACGGGCAUUGGAAAGGAGACAGCCAAAGAACUGGCUCAAAGAGGAGCCCGCGUAUAUUUAGCGUGCCGGGAUGUACAAAAGGGGGAAUUGGUGGCCAGAGAGAUCCAGAUUGUGACUGGGAACCAACAGGUGUUAGUGCGGAAACUGGAUUUGGCUGAUACGAAAUCUAUUCGAGCUUUUGCUAAAGACUUCUUAGCAGAGGAAAAGCAUCUUCACAUUCUGAUCAACAACGCAGGAGUGAUGAUGUGUCCCUACUCUAAGACAGCAGAUGGCUUUGAGAUGCACAUGGGAGUCAACCACUUGGGUCACUUUCUCCUGACCCAUCUGCUGCUAGAGAAGCUGAAGGAGUCAGCCCCAUCAAGGGUAGUGAAUGUGUCUUCUCUAGCACAUCACCUGGGAAGGAUCCACUUCCAUAACCUACAGGGCGAGAAAUUCUACAAUGCAGGUCUGGCCUACUGUCACAGCAAGUUAGCCAACAUUCUCUUCACCCAGGAACUGGCUCGGAGGCUCAAAGGCUCUGGCGUAACGACAUAUUCUGUCCACCCGGGCACAGUCAACUCUGAACUGGUUCGGCACUCAUCCUUCAUGAAAUGGAUGUGGUGGCUUUUCUCCUUCUUCAUCAAGACCCCUCAGGAGGGAGCGCAGACCAGCCUGUAUUGUGCCCUCACCGAAGGUCUUGAGAUUCUCAGUGGGCAUCAUUUCAGCGACUGCAGGGUGGCAUGGGUCUCUGCCCAGGCUCGGAAUGAGACAAUAGCAAGACGGCUAUGGGACGUCAGCUGUGACCUUCUGGGCAUCCCUAUGGACUGACAGGUGGUAGCAGGUGGACUCAAGAGAAACCUGCAGCAGACUACUCAGUACUCCCUGCCAAAAUGAUUCUCCUUCAUGACAGCCAAAACCUUGAGCACAAAGAAAACAAACCCUCCAGCCUUUCCUGCUUGAUGUCUGAUAAAAGCCCAGUGUAACUGCCAGAUUCAUCAAAACACCUUGCGUUAGUCCAGAUUGAUUUUGCUCUUGUUACUGCCAGACGUACAAGAGGUAUCAUAGGAUAAGAUCUUCGUAUGACCUGCAAACUCAUAUUCACCUUUUGAAACCUACUACCUAGGAGAAUCUUAGCUAUGGCAGGGUCAAUUUAUGGCAGUUUGGAUUAGUUUCUACCCUCUUUGUUCACAAUAUAGUUCCUCCCAACCACCAACCAACUUUGAUUUCAAGAGGACCACACUGCAGCCCCACCUGAACUCCCAGAAUCAACGGUGGCUUGGCUCAAGAGCAGGGCUCAUCCCUCACGUAUUAAGAAAACCAUCAUAUGCCAACAUCUAGAUUCUCUCAGGAAACUCUUAACUGAAUCUGGAUUAUGGGAUGGGCUUUAUCUUCAGCAACCUAAAGCCACUUUAAGACACUUUUACAUGUCGACCACAGAAGAGCUUCCUUUUCUAAGAAGUUUGUGGGGUUGGGAGGAUGGCAGAAAUUUGGAGGAAAGCAGAAAUAAAAAUCAAGUUUAAACUGUCA